AGUUAGAAUAUUCCAUGACGCAUCAUCAACCAUAUGUCUAGAGCACUAGAGUAAUUUAUCGAAAAUCGAGAAAUUACUUUGUUUUGAUCUGAAAUAAUCUGAAGGAAAGGUGCAUAAGUUACCGUAUGUGGAUGAUGUGAGAGUUUUUUUAUUAUCCGCGUAAGCUACCAGGUCGCGAAUAUUUUGAAAGAUAAACAUCGAUCGAGUUGAACGAGGAUGUUCAAUCAAAGUAAUUCAUUGAGGACGGCCACGUCGAACACAUCGAAUCCAAUGCAGGACUUUGAGGUUGUCUCGCCGCCGGAUGACUCGGUUUCUAGCUUGGCGUUCAGUCCGGCGUCCAUACCGCAGAAUUUCCUCGUUGCCGGCUCCUGGGACUGCAACGUACGAUGUUGGGAGGUCGAGCAAUCUGGUAAAACAGUACCGAAAUCCAUGCAGAGUAUGGCAGCACCAGUUUUAGAUGUAUGCUGGAGCGAUGAUGGAACAAAAGUAUUUAUGGCAGGGUGUGAUAAAACGGCAAAGUGUUGGGAUUUGGCUACAAAUCAAAGCGUUCAAGUGGCAGCUCAUGAUGCACCUAUUAGAACAUGUCACUGGAUAAAGGCAACUACAUACUCUUGUCUGAUGACUGGUUCGUGGGAUAAAACGCUGAGGUUUUGGGAUCUACGCAGUCCUAAGCCUGCAAUGACUAUCAAUCUGCCUGAAAGAUGUUACUGCUCGGAUGUUGAUUAUCCCAUGGCAGUUGUGGGAACAGCUGGUCGUGGUUUAAUAGUCUAUCAACUAGAAGGCAGUCCACGCGAAUACAAGCCUGUCGAAUUGAGUUUGAAGUAUCAAUAUCGUUGCGUAGCGAUUUUCAGAGACAAGAAGAAAGUACCGACUGGUUUCGCAAUAGGCAGCACAGAAGGACGCGUUGCGAUUCAUCAUCUAAAUCUUAGUACAAAGGAAAAUUUCACGUUCAAAUGUCACAGGACUAACGGCACGCCUAAUGGAUACCAAGACAUCUAUGCGGUAAACGACAUAGCAUUCCAUCCAGUACACGGCACUGUAGCGACUGUAGGUGGCGAUGGUACUUUCGGUUUUUGGGAUAAAGACGCGCGUACUAAGUUGAAGUCUUCCGAAACGAUGGAACAACCUAUCACACGUUGUUGUUUCAAUCAUAAUGGACAGAUAUUUGCGUAUGCUGUUUCUUACGAUUGGUCCAAGGGACAUGAGUAUUAUAACCCAGCGAAGAAAAAUCAAAUCUUUCUAAGACCGUGUUACGACGAAUUGAAACCAAAAGCUACACCUUGAAUCUGAUGAUUUAUCGAAGUGCUCUGCAUGUGGAUUCAGAUGUAAUAAUUCAAAUUCUCUAUUUUUUAAUCGAUUGGCGGUGUUAUCAAUAUUUCCUUUUUACUUAAAAUCGAUGAUAGAAUAUACCGUUUAAAUAAUUGAUUUUUUUGUAUAUAUAAGUUAUAAUAUAGGAGUUUUAUAUAUAGAAUUAGUAUUAAGAAACAUGUUUUGAUAAUGUCAUUUGAUAUUUAUGUUUUCAUGAGCCAUAAUGUUGAAUUCUGACGGUUGAAUGUUGAUGGACGGAUCAGACUAUGGCAGUUCUUUACAAAAUGAGCUAAUAUUCAAAUAAAAAAUUAUAAAAUAUA